AUGGUCCAGCUUUUGGGAUUUCUACAGCGGCAGCAGCGGCAGCAGCAGCAGCAGCAGCAGCAGCAGCAGCAGCAGCAGCAGCAGCAGCAGCAGCAGCAGCAGCAGCAGCAGCAGCAGCAGCAGCAGCAGCAGCAGCAGCAGCAGCAGCAGCAACAGCAGCAAACUGAAAGGCCAGCAGCUCAACAACCAGCAGCAUUCUUUCCGCAGCAUGGAACGGAGCGGCGGCAGCAGGAACAGCAGGAGCAACAACAGCAACAACAGAAAUUGCAGCAGCAGCAGCAGCAGCAGCAGCAGCAGCAGCAGCAGCAGCAGCAGCAGCAGCAGCAGCAGCAGCAGCAGCAGCAGCAGCAGCAGCAGCAGCAGCAGCAGCAGCAGCAGCAGCAGCAGCAAGAGCAACAACAGCAACAACAGGAACUGAAGCGGCAACAGCAACACCAGCAGCAAAGGAUCGCAGCUGCUAUUAUAAUGAUGACUGCUGGAGCACACUUAGAAGCCUCAGGGGGGACUGGAUUGCCAAGUAUAGCAGCUUUGCCAAAUAUAGACGUUUAUCGGGGAGUUCCCGCAAGUGCAGCAAGAGUAGCAGACUCUGGUGCAGCAGCAGCAGCUUUACCUGCCCUGCCUGCUCCGGGACCACAGCUUAUGAGCAAAGGGAUGACUGGAUCGGGUACGGACGGGGUAGAGGCACCUUCUUUGCCAAAUCUGGCUUCUUUUCUAAAAAUAGUGGGGCGUGGAGGGGGUGGAGCAGGGGCAGAAGGCAGAGAGGAGUCAGCCGAGUGCAAGCCUGCUGCUGGAGGUGGUAGUGUUGGUGGUGGUGGUGGUGGUGGUGGUGGUGGUGGUGCUGCUGCUGCUGCUGCUGCUGCUGCUGCUGCUGCUGCUGCUGCUGCUGCUGCUGCUGCUGCUGGUUCUGCUGCUGCUGCUGCUUCUGGUGCUGCUCCUUCUGCCGGUAGUGAUGGUGGCGGUGUUGGUCCCUUUCUGGCGAAUCACCAAGCACCUCACCUUCUCAGCGCACAAUUUGCACUUGCUUCUGCUGGUGGUGUUUGCUCUGCCCCUUUUGCUGAUGUUGUUGGUGGUGGCAGCGGCGGCAGUGCUAUUUCAAUUCUGACUAACCACCAAGCACCUCAUCGGCUUAACACACAACAUUCACUCGCUGCUGCUGCUGCUGCUAAUCGUACUGCUGGCAACGGUGGUGGUGGUGGUGGUGCUGGUAGUGGUGGUGGUGGUGGUGGUGGUGGUGCUGCUGCUGCUGCUAAUCGUACUGCUGGUAACGGUGGUGGUGGUGGUGGUGCUGGUUGUGGUGCUGGUGCUGCUGCUGGUGGUGGUACUGCUGCUGCUGCUGCUGCUGCUGCUGCUGCUGCUGCUGCUGCUGCUGCUGCUGCUGCUGCUGCUGCUGCUGCUGUUACUGCUGCUGUUGCUGCUGCUGCUGCUGCUGCUGCUGCUGCUGCUGCUGCUGGUGCUGCUUCUUUUUCAAAAGAAGUUUGGGGAAGCAAGGAGGGAAGGCAGGUCAAAUUGGAGCAGAUGGGUGAUGUGGUAAGCAGGGGAGAGGGGGGAUUUGUGGAGCAUUCCAGGCUGGAUGGUCAAGCGAGAGGGGUUUGGGGAAACAGCAGGGAAGAGAUAGGUAAGAAGAGAGGGAGAAAGGAAGAGGAGAUGGAGGAGGACGACGAGGACGAGGAAUUUGAGCUAAAUUGUAAAUUCCUGCCAAUGCGAGUAGUCCUGGGAGCAGCAGGUGCAAGGGAGUCAUUUGGAGGAGGAAUGGCAGCGAGAGAUGGUGGUAUGAGGAUGGAUGGUGGUAUGAGGGGGGAUGGUGGUAUGAGGGGGGACGGUGGCAGUGGGAGUGGUGGUGGGGGGCAUGGUGGGGGAGGGGAUGAUAGUAGGAGUGGUGGUGGGGAUGGUGGUGAGAAUGAUGGUGCGAAUGGUGGAGGGGUAGGCGGUGGUAGGGUUGUUAGCAGUGGGAGUGGGCAUAGUAGCGGGUACAGCAGAGCAGGCUCAGGAAGGCGGAAAACAGCAAAGACAAGUAAGGCAGAUCUGGCCGCACCUGCAACCACUGCAACAGGCGUUGCUGGAAGCAUGCGGAUCGCCUCAGAUCAUGGCGAAUUGAGCAGCAGAGGUGCACCCGUUGAUGCUUCGUCUAAUCAACCCACUAGUGCUAACGCUGCCCCGUCUUGUCUGCCAGCCGGGAAGCGAGCAAAAAAGGACAAAAACAGGUACCGUGGCGUGCGGCAGCGGCACUGCGGGAAGUGGGUGGCUGAGAUCCGAUUUCCUAAGAAGAAAUCCCGCGUGUGGCUCGGAACGUUCACCUGCCCGGAGGACGCCGCCCGAGCGUACGAUCGGGCAGCUGUGAAACUUCGUGGGCCCCGAGCGUUGACGAAUUUUCCAGAUGAGUAUGAGAAUUGGCAAAAUGGGGCGGGAGAUGACUUGUUGAGGUUUAAUGGGGAGGAAGGAGUGGAGAAGGAGGAAAUGGGGAAGGAUGAGGUGGGGUUUAAGGCGAGAAGUGCAGCAGAGAGAGGGGAGGGAGGCAGCAAAGGGGAGAUGUAUACGGUUAGAGAAGGUGAGGAUGAGGGGAGGGGAGCGGAAAGCAGUAAGCAGCAGAUGGGGAAAAGGGCGAGGAGCAAGGGUGGAGGAAAAAAUGAGGGAGGGGAGGAAGAGAAGUUGGACGUGAGUGGAAAAGGCUGUGCAGAGUGGAAGGCAGAUGGCAGGGACAAGUGA